AUGAACGCAAGGCUGUGCGAGGUUUUGCUGAAGGCCUGUGAGCCCCAGCUACGGCCCAUCCCAGGUCUUGCAGCAAGACUUGCCAAGAGGCCCGAGCUCAAGACGUGGUGCUGGCUCGAGAUUCUGCCCCGGCUGGGGGGAAACAAGUUCUUCCUGCUGAAUACUUUGGCCUCUUGCAGCAGGGAAGAUUGCCGUGUCAUCGGCACGCAUGCGACAGAAGAGCUGCUAGCGGAUGAGGAGUUUGUGAGGGUUCUCGUGAAGAAGAAUGGCCUGAUGUUGCGGUUUGUAAGCCUCAGGUUCCAGGAGAACCUAGACAUGGUCCGGCUAGCAAUGCAAGAGAAUGGCUCUGCGUUAGCAUAUGCGUCGGCCGAGCUCCGUGCCGAUCUGUCGAUGGCGCUCCCCGCCGUGAGUCAUGACGGAUUGCUGCUGCAGUUCUUACCCGAAGACUUGAAAUCGAACAUGGAAGUUGUCAGGACAGCUAUGACCAAGAACGUGCGAGCUUUUGAGUUUGCCCUUGGCAAUGCUACAGAGCUGAGGCAGCUGGCAGCCACCUCGGUUUUAAGCAGCCUUGGGGUGGACAAUAAGGACCCUGUCAGCGCACUUGUGGUCCAUGCUCGGGAUGUUUGUGCGAUGUGUUUUGACUCCCCGCGUCUUCUCCAUGCUCUACAGACCUACCUGGAAGAAGCGGACAGUCGGUCUCAGGAGCAGCCAGCUCGUUCCAAGCAGUUUGCUCUAGAGGCUGUGAAGUAUCGGCCGGGCAAUUACUACGUGGAGCUGUCAGAAUCCGAUAAGUGCGACGUGGACAUCGCCGUGGAAGCCGUGAGGCAUUGCCCAGGUCUAUUUCCGGAAUGCCUGCCUGCACAGCUGCGAUAUGAUUUUGAGGUCAUGGUCACAGCCAUCGCCGCGGCAUCGGGCGAGCGCCAGAUCUUGAUGUACCGCGUUCCCCACACGGCCAAGACAAGGGUCUUCCGCGAGGUGGAGCACCGACUGGGCCAACAGCUUGAGCCUGUCGCCUAA